AUGGCGUCCGCGUUCCAAAAUGCGUGGCAGAAUGCGCUCGAGGCCGAAAAGCAGUUGUUGAAGAGCCUCGCUGAGAAAGAAUCUACAUUCGCUGAUAUCACACAAUUCCUUUCCGAAUUUCGUUCGGCAUGCCUGAAUACAAUCCUUUUGGAUUUCGAGCGCGCCCGCAGUGCCGAUCUGGAACCCCGUCUGUGGGAUGCGCAUCUCAAAAUCAAUACCCGGUUUCGCAAACGCCUUGCUCGGUUCCGUGAAGAGAAUGGCAAGAAAAAGCCAGUCGAGAAGAGGAAGUUGGAGAAGCAUUACUUGGUCUUCAUCAAGUCCAGUCAGAAAUUCUACCGGGGCUAUAUCCAGAGCCUGUCCUCUCAUUUCGAAGGUAUCGAGGAACUUGACAAGGUUACGCGGAAGUUCAACUUUGAAAGCUCUUCUGCGCAGUCUGCAGUGCAAGUCUCUGAUAAUCUCCGUAAGCUGAUUUUGCUAUCUUGCCAUGCGACUCUCAUCCGUCUGGGCGAUCUGUCCCGGUACCGUGAGACCGAGUUGGUCAGCAAAGACCGUAACUGGGGCCCUGCAAUUGGAUACUACGAUCUGGCUGUAGUGAUAUACCCGGCGUCCGGUGCCUCGCACAAUCAACUAGCCGUUAUUGCCCUUGCGGAUGGGAACCAUCUGAGGGCUACGUAUCAUCUAUACCGAGCGUUGGCAGCCCUCGAGCCUCACCCGUCUGCCAAGGGAAACUUGGAAAUCGAGUUUAGAAAGGUUAUGAACUUGUGGGCGAAGAGAGAACUGAUCCGUCCGGAGGACGCUGGUAUCCCAGGGAGAGCAUUGGCUCCUUGGUUCGUUUAUUUGCACGCGCAAUGCUACAAAGGAGCCGACUUUCCUGAACACGACGAACUGGAGAACGAGGUCUUGAGUCAAUUGGCUGUUGAUCUAAAGGAAAGGUCCCUCGAAGGAACUCUCCAAAAGUUUUGCUUGGUCAACAUCGCUGCAGAAGAUCUUGCCAGAGCGCGCUCUGAUGAUGAAUCAGCACAAAACUCCCGCUAUUUUUUUCAGCGGAUCAAUUUGAAGACAUUCUUCACGCUGCUCCAGAUCCUCUUGGCGGAACUGGAGCGCUUUGCUGUUGAAGACUUGGCCAACAAGGAUGCAAAAACGAGUCCAGACAAGGUCACAGUGGUUGCCCGCCGCAUCCUCCCUGCGCUCCGGAACUACAGUUCUUGGCUUCUUACAGUGAACAACCUGUUGGUAGCUCAAAAGGAGGAAAAGGAUUCGCCUCUGUUCGUCCAGAUCCAGGAGUUCUGGAAGAUCUACGCCAAUACUUUGACCCUUCUUGCCUCCAGUUUCGAUGUGGUCCACCUCCCGGAAGUUGAUUAUCUUUUGGAGGAAGAUGAAGAAACCCUGGGCUUCAGACCUUUGGCCAAGGAAUGCACCGCACGUCGAUACUUGGAUACGAGUGGACGCCAGAAACCUCGUGUAAACGAUUUGGGAGUUGAAAGAAGCCAUCCAAAUAUAGAAAUGCUCUAUAGGAUCAGGGAGUUUGUGAUUGACGGGCUUGAUCUCGUCGUGAGCAGUAAAAUUCCGAUAGCUCUUGUCGACGACAACGACAAGAAGAUUUUCAUAUACCAAGAGGAAGGGCUUCCUUCUCAGUUCUUUGCCAGCCCGCAAGGCCACCAUCACACUCUCUCUUCGGCGAGCAUAGAACGAGAGGAUAUCCAGCAUGUAUCCCAGGAUCUCAGUCACACCGUGGAUGCCCGAAGUAUAUUUGGUGAUUCUCAGUCAGCCUCGGCCUCAGUCGCUGCCAAUAUGACCCGUAUCGUGGAGGGUGUCGAAAGGCUAGUGGACUCGGAUACGUAUGAAAGCGCGCCACCCGUGGUUGAAAGUCUUGUCCCGAUGAAGAGCAAUGGCCCACCAACACCGCCGGGCCAUCUGUUCGAGCCCGGCACCAGGAUUUCUUACCACGAAGAUGGUAUGAGAGAUCUUGCCACGCCGAUCGCUCCUCCUCCUGGUCUUGGACUGCCGAUGACCAAAUCCCUAACCGGGGUUUCAGCAUCAUCCCAAUCUUACACGCCUCGCCCAACCAUUCCCAGCGUUCCAAGUAUCUGGAACCGUGUCCCGUCACAGCUGGGUGAUGUUCCUUCUCCGCGGACGCCUCCAGGUCUAGGCCAGCAAAAUAUGUCGAACUUGAUGAUGUCAGGGGAUGGGUCAGCUUUCCCACCUCAAAAUAACAUGAUUACCCCUGAAACCAUGUACCGUCAUCAUUCUGCGGGUCAUAUCCAAAGCUCCAUCGAUGGGUUAGGCAUGUCAGCUUCGCCAUGGACAUCUUCGAAUCCAUCCAGUUCUCUUCAUCUCCGCCCCGGAGCCGGCUGGGAACGGGACCCUCGUAGUGCAACGGCCCUGUACUUUGAUCCAACCAACCAGCAAUAUGCGCCUAGCAACCUCACAUCGUCGUGGGCCAACGAUGCUUUUAUUGGCAGCAGCCUUUCCCCCGGAUUAGGCUAUCACCACAGUUCAGGGUUCGGCAGCAAUCGCAGAUCUGCGGCACAGCUAGGUGCCAUUGGACAAACUCCACCGUGUGGCCAGGGCGGUUGA